CACUCACGUAGGUUGUUGGGCUAGGUAGAGAAUUCGCGGCGAUGGCGACGACGGCUCGGUGCUGGAAAGGGACGCAGUGAAGCUGGCCUCGGCUCGGAUAUGACUAAUGCCUAUUUGAUCGAGGUUUAUUUGCUGCUUAGUAAUUGCACGGGCUUCGGAUGAAUCGUUGGCUUCUACCUUCUCAUCACUCCUUUCACUGAUUUCCAUGUCUUACUUGUAAGGGUUUCCAAACAGCAUCAUCAGGACUGCUCAUUGUCCGAUACUGAUCGUCUACGGCUGCUCCAGGCCGGACUUUCUUGUCGGGUGACCCACACUCCUUCCCAGGGGCCAUGGAGGAGGAGGGGCAGCAGAGCUUGGAAUGUAUCCAGGCCAAUCAGAUCUUCCCCAAGAAGUCCCCCGUUCUCGAGGAGGAAAACAUGCAGGUGCCCUUUCCUGAGCUGCAUGGUGAGUUCACAGAGUAUGUGGGGAGAGCAGAGGAUGCCAUCAUCGCAAUAUCUAACUACCGCCUACACAUCAAGUUCAAAGAGUCCGUUGUCAACAGUUGUUGUUGUGAGGUGUCAGUUCCUCUUCAGCUCAUAGAGAACUCGGAGUGUCGGGAUAUGUUCCAGCUUCAUGUCACCUGUAAGGACUGUAAAGUCGUCAGGUGUCAGUUCUCCACCUUUGAGCAGUGUCAGGAAUGGCUAAAACGCCUGAACGCAGUAGUGCGCCCUCCCUCCCGCCUGGAGGACCUCUUCUCCUUCGCCUUCCACGCCUGGUGCAUGGAGGUAUAUGCCGGCGAGAAGGAGCAGCACGGCGAGCUAUGCAGACCAGGCGAACACGUGACCUCCUGGUUCAAGAACGAGGUGGAGAGGAUGUGCUUUGACACUCAAAACGCCUGGAGGAUAUCGGACAUCAACAGCAAGUUCAGGCUUUGCCCCAGCUAUCCCCAGCAGCUCCUGGUGCCAGCCUGGAUCACUGACAAGGAGCUGGAAAAUGUGGCAGCCUUCCGCUCCUGGAAGAGGUUUCCUGCUGUGGUUUAUAGGCACCAGACCACGGGAGCUGUGAUUGCCCGCUGCGGCCAGCCAGAGGUCAGCUGGUGGGGCUGGAGGAACGCAGAUGAUGAGCACCUGGUCCAGUCCAUCGCCAAGGCCUGCGCCGUGGACAGCAGCUCCCGCAAACACCUUUCCAACGGCAGCUACACCAACGGCAACGACCUGCCUGAUACUGACUUUGAAUCCUCCAUGACCAACAGCUCAGAGGUGGAGACGUUGGCUACCCAGCCCCACAAGUUACUGAUUCUGGAUGCCAGGUCCUACGCUGCUGCCGUAGCUAACCGGGCCAAGGGGGGAGGCUGUGAAUGCCCAGAGUACUAUCCCAACUGUGAGGUGGUGUUUAUGGGCAUGGCCAACAUCCACUCCAUCCGCAAGAGUUUCCAGUCUCUGCGUUUCCUCUGCACUCAGAUGCCUGAUCCUGCCAACUGGCUUUCUGCACUGGAGAGCACCAAGUGGCUGCAGCACCUGUCCUUGCUGCUGAAGGCGGCGCUGCUGGUGGUCAACGCCGUGGACCGAGACCACAGGCCCGUCCUGGUGCACUGCUCUGACGGCUGGGACCGCACACCUCAGAUCGUUGCUUUGUCCAAGCUGCUGCUGGACCCUUACUACCGCACUGUUGAGGGCUUCCAGGUUUUGGUGGAGACUGAUUGGCUAGACUUCGGCCACAAGUUUGCCGACCGCUGCGGCCAUGGAGAAAACUCUGAGGACCUGAACGAGCGCUGCCCCGUCUUCCUGCAGUGGCUGGACUGUGUUCACCAGCUGCAGAGGCAGUUCCCAUGCUCCUUUGAGUUUAACGAGGCCUUUCUGGUGAAACUGGUGCAGCACACCUACUCCUGUCUGUUCGGCACCUUCCUGUGUAACAGCGGCAAGGAGAGGGAGGACCGUCACGUUCAGGAGAGGACCUGCUCAGUCUGGUCACUGCUGAGACCUGCCAACCGCACUCUGAGGAACAUGCUGUACUCCACACACUCCGAGACAGUUCUUCACCCAGUGUGUCAUGUACGCAACCUGAUGCUGUGGACGGCUGUCUACCUGCCCAGCUCCUCCCCCACCACCCCCUCCGACGACUCCUGCGCCCCCUACCCUGUGCCGGGUUGCAACCCUGAGGACGCGCCCUUGGGCAGACGUACGAAGACUCGCUCCUUCGACAACUUGCCCAGUGCAUGUGAGCUGGGAAGCUCGCUGGCUCCUAACCGCCGCUCCAGUGACCCCAGCCUCAAUGAGAAGUGGCAGGACCACCGGCGCUCUCUGGAGCUCAACAUGGCAGUGGGGCCUGAGGGAGUGGGAAACCAGGAUCAGGAGGUGCGGCCUAACGGAGUGGGGCCUUACCCAGACGGAGUGGACUCUGAGCUGGAAGACAGCCCACAGCCCCAGGGCUCACAUGCUGAGCUCGGACAGGAAGCCUCUGUGAGCACAGCAGAAACGGGGGCGGAAGCUGAGAAGGCGGAGCUCUCUGUGGCGGUGGGCGUGGCUGAGGGCCAGAUGGAGAACAUUCUUAAGGAAGCCACUAAGGAGGAGGCGGGAGCAGAUGUUCAGAGAGAGGGAAGUGCUGCUGUCACACAUGUCAUCACCACUGUUGACACAGAAGUCAAGAAGGAAGCAAAAGUUGAAGAGGAUGACGAGUGUGCUAAGGUCAAUGGGGCUGAGAUGCAGAGAGAAGCAUUUACCAAUGGUCACCAUCUAGAAAAUGGCAUAAUGGGGCCCGAGGAGGUUGAUGAGUCUCCCCCUCUGCCCACACAGAAGGCAGAGGAGCUGGAUCAACAGGCAGCUGAGGUGACUCAGUCACCAGAGGACCUGGUGAAGCAGGACGCAGAGAACUGUUCUGUACUAGAGGAGCUUGCACAUGGACCCAGUGAGUCCGGCUCAGGUGAGCCCGAGCAACCUGCAGCCCAUAGAACUAUAACAAACGGCUUUGUGGACAGGUCACCUGAAGAGCCAGGAGUGGAUGAGGAGACCUGCCCUGACUCUGAAUCUGACAACGGUGUCUCAGAGCCAGUGGAGCAGGGGGAUAAGAGGGCCUCCCUGAUGGAAAGCUCCACAGAGACUUUAACUGAAGAAGCCUGUAGCAGGUUGGAGCAACCAGCACAGCCGCCGAUUUGUCCCAGUCAUCAGCCCUGCAGUGAUGGCAGGAACCAACCGCCCUGCUCCAGGAAGGAGAAAGGACUGGAGACAGGCGAACAAGGCUUUAUCAGAACUUUAAACGGGGGCAGCAAGCGGCCCUCGGUCAGUGCCUUUCAGUCUGUGAGUGCUGACCUCAACAGGGAAGGGCUUUGUAACGGCGACAGCUCCGACGGGGAGCCCUGCGGAGGACAUCACUGGGCCAAAGGGAACGGGGAGAGGAUUCCUCUGAGUCGACAGGUGUCCCUAGCAAGCUGCAACUCCCUGAUCCUGCAUCCACGGGGCAGCUGCUCCCAGCACCGCUGGUGCCACACCCUGCUGGGCCGGGCUGCCAUUAGCCCAGAGCAGCCGUCCCGCAGCCAUCUGGAUGACGACGGGCUGACGCUGCACACGGACGCCAUCCAGCAGAGGCUAAGGCAGAUCGAGGCGGGACACCAAAUGGAGGUGGAGACUCUGAAGAAGCAGGUGCAGGAGCUGUGGAGCCGCCUGGAGAAUCAGCAGCACGCCGGCUCCCACAGGAUCAACGGAGACAUGGGAGACGAAGUGACCUCAAUGACAGACUCUGAGUACAACCUGGACGCCAACUGUUUGUCGCGCUGCAGCACAGAGCUUUUCUCCGAGGCCAGCUGGGAGCAGGUGGACAAGCAGGACACUGAGGUGACUCGCUGGUACCCAGACCAUUUGGCAGCCCAGUGUUAUGGCUGUGAGAGCAGGUUCUGGCUCGCCACCAGGAGGCAUCACUGCAGUGGCAGGGAGCCUGUCCAGGAGGUCUGGAACUGCGGCAACGUGUUCUGUGCCAGCUGUUGCGACCAGAAGAUCCCAGUGCCAAGCCAGCAGCUGUUCGAGCCCAGCCGCGUCUGUAAGACCUGCUACGGCAGCCUCAAGCUCAGCCCGGCUCCCCUGGACCUGGACCUGGAGCUGGAGAAACCCAUCGCAGCCAGCUCCAACUGAGUCUCAGGAGGAAACGGGAGAGGAUGAGCCGCCAGCCGCAGACACGGGCGCACUGCUGGAGAAGAGCACAGGAGCUACACAGAAUGUCCCAUGUACUUUAUGUGUGUGUGUGUGUGUGUGUGUUUGUGUUGCAGAUAUGGAAUUUAAUAUGUAUAUACAGAAAAUGACGUGGCAGAGGUGCUGAAUGACGCGUUGCAGAGCGCUCUGAACAGUGGGUGUGCACAAGGGAGUUUGGUGUGUGUGUGUGAGUGUGAACGUGUGUGUGAGAGGAAAUCACACAUUUGCCACAAAGAUGGUUUGUGGCAGUGACGGGACUGCGCUCCGAGGCCAGAGGAGUGAGAAUGGACAUCCUGGUGCCUUGGACCAGGCAGGCAGAGAAGGUUGUCUCACUGUGUUGCUGAAGUCUCUCGGAGGGCUUUGGUCCAUCGAAUCAUUUCCCCGCUCGUCCGCGCUUCUCAGCGGACUUCCACGUACCAUCAUCUCCAACGUGGACUGCUUCUUUUCUCUGGAGGGUGUACGAUCCGGAGCAACGCGGGACAUCUCCAGGCAAGAGACAGGCGAGACAGUCCCUCAGCUUUCAGCAGCGUCUGGCUAGUUGGUGCUCACGAUCGUUGUUUAGGGAAAGCUUAAAGGAUCAGUUCACCCAAAUGACCACACCAUGUUUCCUCACUUACCUCUAGUGGUAUCUAACCAUGCAUCUAAAUUCAUUUUUAUUUUCCCAAGUUUUGAGAUCUCAUUUCUGAGAUUUCCGCCCGCCCCGAUACAGUGCAAUACAGUAAAUUGAAGAAAAAAAAAGGGCUGCAGCUACGAUUUUCAUUAUCAUUAAAUCAGCAAAUACUUUUAUAAUUUAAUCAAUUCCUUUUCUUUUUUUUCUGUAAAAUGUCAGAAAAUAGGGAAAUGUGGCCAUUGUAUUGUCUCAGAGCACAAGGUUACAUAUUCGUAUUGCUCGUUUUGUCCGACUAACAGUCCAAAACCAAACAAAAAAGAUAUUCAGUUUAAUAACACAUAUGACGAAGAUAAGCGGCUUCAUUAUUAUUAUUAUUAUAAUUAUUAUUUUUUUACAUGUGAGAAAUUGGAACCAGAGUUUAAUUUGACUAUUCGAUUAUAAAAUAACUAAUUGUUGUUUGUGGCUCACAGCACUGAUUUAGUAUCGCACUUCCAUAUAGUUGGGUGAUUUACAAGAGACGGAUUAAAACAAGAUUUGCGAAAAUCGAUGCAGCAGAGGCCGAUAUAUCCGGACUUUUAGUCCAGAGUGUGGUUCAAGCUGAAUAAGAUGUAGCGUCUCUUAAAAAAAAGAUCUUCUUACUGCCUGGUAACCACCCACAUCCUUCCAUGCAGGCUUUCCGUUUAAAUGUUUGUGGUCGCCACAGCCAAAGGAAGAUGACCCCGAUGACAUCACUAUGACAUCAUCAGGGUUAUUUUUUUUUUUUUUAAGACUUGAUCAAGCUCAGCAAGCACAGUUGAUAGUCAACUCUUUUCAUAGGCUGAGUAGUACCCCCCUCAUGAUAAAUGAACUGAUGUUUAUCUCAUGAUCGUCGUGUAAAAUCGGUGGAGUGCCCCUUUACAAAAUUGAGCAGCUAUUUCCAGACACCAUGUCCCUACUAGCCUGAAUAAUUCCCAGUUUUCUAGUUUGGGUGAACUGACUCUUUAACGUGCUCUGGGCAGAAUCUCAACUCGGCAUAUUUGCUUGCUUUUUUAUUUUUUUUUAUUUUUUCAGUGGGGGGGGGUUCUGCUUUUGUCACAAAUGUGUGUGUACACAGUAUAUACAGGUACAUGUACAAAAUAGAAGACGAAAAAAGAAACUAUCUUGGCGAGCAGUUGUCUGUGUCGUAUUUGAAUUUGUUUUUUAACGUGUUGAGAUACUGCCCACAGUGCAGACGGAGGAUGACAAUUUUUUUUUUUUUUCUAUACUUUUGAAUACUUAUCUUGUCCACAGUGGUGAGAGUAAAUAUUUUUUAGUUUGUUACAAAAUCACACACGUGAGUCUUAAACAGGACUAGUUAGCGAUCUAUAGAAAAGGCUUUAGAACAACCGACCCUUUAACAGCUGAUGGCCGCUCAGCUUUUCCACGCUGAUAGACUGUUAGUCAGUGUCUGCUGGGAGUGUGCCCGACACGGACUGACUGACUGACUGUGUAAUCUCUCCUGUUAGACAUACCUUCAUGCCAUUCACUCACAACAGCCCCCCCCCCCCCUUUUUUAUUUUUAUUAUUUUUACCCAGCAGGCACUGGGAGCUGGACGUCUCACUCACUUUUCAGUCUUUCGGCGGAAAUCACAAGCGAAGUUGUGAAAUUUCGACACGUUGAGCUGUCACGUUCAAAUUCUGAAGGCAACAUAUCUUCAUUUCAUUUCACGCAAUUAACUUUUUUUUGAGGCGGCGGUAGACCACGACCUCACUCGUGAUCUCCACUUUGAUUGGCUGAAACACGGAGGAGAGCCGCGGCAGCAGAAAGGGCUCAUGGCGUUUUCAAGUCUGUAACUCCCACAUGAAGUAUGUUUGAGAAGCUUCACUGAGACGCCCACUCUGCCUAACGCCCAUUCAGUGACCUCCUUACACACACACAUACACACACAUACACACACACACACACACACACACACACACACACACACACACACACACACACACACACACACACACUCUUUUGUAAAAUAAAUGAAAUAAUAUAUUCAGAUACCUAUAUAGCAUUUAAGAAAAAUGUACAGAAUCCUUGAAUAGUGGCUCACUUAAUUAGUCACCAAAAAGUUGUUUUUUUUAAACUUCUUUGAUUUCUUAUGUUAUUGAUUGCUGAAAAAAAAACUAUUUUGCAACCUGUUGAAGACAACAGGGUUUCUUUUUUUCUUUUUUUGUUGAAAUAGAGAAGCAGGGUGUCCUGUUUCGAUGCUGCAGUGGUGUUUCCCUCUUAAAUGGAUUAAUUUAUUAAGGUUUUGUUGUUGAAUUGCUGUUUAAAGUCCAGACAAUUCAAUCGCCACAGGAUAAUCAGUGUUUAUGAGAUGAGAAAUGAGUGAUGGUUUUGAUCUGUGGCUGCGGCGACACACCUGUCAUUUCUGUUUCCUAUCAGCCAAUCACAGCAGGAUUCCCUGAUUACGAGGGGGAGGGGGUUAAGUCAGAGGUGUUAUCUAGCAUCAUGUGACCUGUGACCAUCACAUGUCACAGUGAAGAAAAGAAAAAAACCUGAGUGUCUGUAGCCGAUGAGACGUCCAAAAAAAAGCUGCCUGAACCCAACCCCAACUCACACACACAAACAUUACUCCAUUCAAACCCAUCUACAAACACUACCUCUACUUUGUACACACACUUGAUCACGCACACACAGAUUCUCACUGAGCUAUUAGUAGCUGAGUGACUCUUGCUUUCCAGAUUCACAUCAUCGAGAAUGGCCUUUAUUAUUGACUUUUAUUUUUUAUUUUUUUCAGCUGUCAGCUGGAGCAUUGAAGGUACAGCACACAAUCGCAGACUUUCAUUUUAAUGAUCUUAUUGUUGAGACUGCCAAUCUUUGAGUCUUUCUUCCUCAUCAUCCAGCAGAGGGCCCCCUUCCUUCAGAUAGGCGCUGUAGCUCACCACACGGGAUGAUAAAGUUUGGACUAUCAAGACGAAAUGCAUAAAUUUCACAACACCGUGUUAUUUAAUCAUACUGGAACUGUAUCACUGAUCUCGUGUUGUUGUGUGUGUGAUCUCCUGUUGGGUUUUGAUAUGGCGGCAGAUGAUUGAGUGGGCAGAACAACGACAGGCGUCCAAGUGUUUGUUUUUCUCGCUGCCCUCCUGUGGAAGUGGUCGACGCGUUUCAUUCAACAGCUCGACCUUCGGUCUUUCAAAUAAAAUAGAAAAACGGCAAUUAUUUUUUGCCCCUCGUAGAUGAGACCCUGUCAUUUCGGUCAAUUAAUAUUUACAAAAACACUUGGACAAGCGAUGCCACAGCAACGAAAGGGGCAUUAACUGUUCCAACCUGAAUUUAUUCGAGAUGGAACUGCUGCAUUAAAGGUGCAGCUAAUUCAAAUUUUGGUUUGACCCUGACCAGCCUCUCUCUGUUUUCUCGUCAUCUGCAGAUACAUAGCUAAACUGGAAUACUACUGGAAUAUCUGCAACCAGAAUAUUGAUUUUUACAUCUUAAAUUUAUAAUGGUGAUGUAACGAUGGCCUGUAAUCCCAGAUCAGUGCUCCUAUUGUACGGAUGAUUUAUUCCAAGGCUUCACACUCCUCCCAAAACUUAUGUGUCCAUGUCCUGAAUUUUGAAAGAAAAAUGCUGGCCUUCCUAAUUCAUGAUCUCUUAAAUACACACUUAACGAUGGCUAAAUGUGGUGCGUAAUGUCCCUUUUUCAGCCCAGUCUGAGGCCAAAGCUCUUUGGCACUUUUCCCCACAGACACACUGGCAGCAUGAACCCUUACUCUGUAUUUUCACCACCAUCACAGGCAUGUGGGGCACAAAGCUUGUCUUGUUCUACAAUCCAUGAAUGUGAAAUGUCUUAAAAACAAAAACAAAAAAACGCAAUUUUUUGCACAUGACAUGAACUAGACACUGCCACAGAGCACAUCAAAAAUAAAGCUGAAAGUGUGCUGUGCUUUUCAGUAUUGUACCGAGCAUUGUGGGUGGUGGUUGUACGUGGGAGGGAGGAAGGGACGGUCGGGUAACGUGGUAAACAGGUCAUCAGUUAACAUACAUGUUGCCAGUAUGAUCCCUUGCUGUGCUUCUUUUUUCCUCUUUGAUAUAUGUUUUUUAAUUUUAAUUUUUUCAUGUUUUUCUCUUCACUCACGCUGACGUGCUCCGUCAGAGGCGUCACUGCAACGGCCCAGUAGUCACUUGACGAGAGUGUGUACGUGUGAAUGCAUUGAGCAUUUGUGUGUGUGUGUGUGUGUGUGUGUGUGUGUGUCUCUUUUGGUGGAGACUGGUGCCAAGCAGUUUUAUUACGGGUCUCUCACAAAGGGAUCACUCGUGCUUUUGUUGAUUUACCUCUUUCCCCCCCCCCCCCACCCCUUCUCUUCUGUUUGAUAAGCACUUUGAACCUUCUCAUGUCUGUCAGAGGAGUGUGUAGCUGUACAUAGCAAUUUCCUGUAACAACAAGUGCUCCUUGUUCAGUCUGGAUAUUUUGUUUUGUCGGAUUUACUUUAAAGAGCAUUACAUUGUUGUAGAAUUGAAGGAAAAAUAAACUAGAUAAACCUA